CUCCGGCAGAACCAGGCUCAAGGAAGGCAUGACCAGGAGCAGGCCUGGAACAGUGCAACUUCCUCUCACCUGUCUUUCAAAGAAACCUGAAGAGCGCCCCCUGCAGGCAAACAACUCAUUUUAAUUGAUCCUAAUAAUCAGUAAAUAUCAUGUUAUUGCAGUGAUUUCUGCACCGUCCACACCAAAUAUGAUGCAAAUCAUGUUCAGCAAAGCAUCUCCAUCCUCCGCUGUUCCACCCGCUCAGGUUCAGGUUCCAGAGUGGAAGUGCUGUGAUUGGUCAGAAUCAGCCCGAGAUACAUUCAUAAAACACACAGCCCCUGUCACAGGUGCUGUUGGUCUCCUGUCCUGUUUCUAUGGCAAUUUCUCCCAAUCAGCUGUUCGUCAAACGUUUUGAUGCUCUGGUGUAAUAAUGUGUGUUCAUCAUCAUCAUCAUCAUCAUCAUUUGACGAUGGCCACCUGUGCUUUCAAGUUCAAGUUCACCUUUUAUUUGCUGUAUCCAGGCAACAUAGAAACAUCUGUCAAAUCAGCAUACACUGUCAGAUCGCCAUACCUGUAUCAUCAAAACGCCACAAUGAAAUUCUUCGGCUCAAAGCACCUCAGUAUUGCACAUGAAGUAACACUUUGAGACAAGACAUAUAUUAAUAAACAUGUACAGCGUGCCCAGUGAUUGUGCAACAUAAACUAUCUGAUGUCUCAGCAGUUCAGCAGCCAUCAGGCUUGAGGGUGUCGCCAUAGGAACGGCGUCAGGCAAAACUACAAAAACUUGUCAGAAUUUCAAAGAGAAGAAGAAACAACAGGAGAAGAAAAGCAACGAGAUCAAAGAGAGAAUGUCACAUUUAUGUUUCAGCCAAGCAGCUGACCCCACAGUUCCUCUGAUGUCCAGCAGAGGCAGCAGUGAGCCAUUCCCCACCCAUUCCCAUGUUAAAACAGCUGGUCAAGAUUAAAACAGGUGAUGUCACCGCGUGUGAGUCUGUGCUCCGAUGGGGUUCCUGAGAGUCACAGGUGUGACAGCAGCUUCUGGUUCUCCGUGGAUCCGAACCUCUGUGUGUCGCAGGUUCAGGUGUGUGUGUCUGUGUGUGUCACAGGUUCAGGUGUGUGUGUGUCUGUGUGAGUGUAAACAUGUCUUACUGUUGGCUCUGUUAACUGAUAUCACGCCACUCCUUCACCUGUAUCUGAGCUCCGCCCUCUACCUUAUACCUGAGACCCAGUCUUCCACACAUAGCACACCUCAGGAUGGCGAGCACAGCGGCUCAUCUUGCGAGGAGGAAGGCCCGGGUGGAGGAUGGCGCUGGCAGCCGGGCCAACGCGAUCCUCUUUAACCACCAGGACUUCGAGCAGCUGCGAUCCGAGUGCUUGCAGAUCGGCUCGCUGUUUUGUGACCCCACCUUCCCGGCAGACUGGAACUCUCUGGGAUACAACCAGCUGGGGCGCUACUCAUCCAAAACCAGUGGUGUGGAGUGGAAACGGCCGUGGGAGCUGUGUUCUGAUCCUCGCUUCCUCGCUGACGGAGCCAGAAGAACAGACGUCUGUCAGGGAGAGCUGGGUGACUGCUGGCUCCUGGCGGCCAUUGCCUCCCUGACUCUGGACCCUCAGAUCCUGAACAGAGUGGUCCCUCCUGGGCAGAGCUUCACCUCACAGUAUGCCGGCAUCUUCCACUUCCAGUUAUGGCAGUACGGGGAGUGGGUGGACGUAGUCGUGGACGACUGGCUGCCCACCAGAGACGGGAAACUGCUGUUCGUCCACUCAGCGGAGGGAGUGGAGUUCUGGAGUGCUCUGCUGGAGAAAGCCUACGCUAAAAUGAGCAGCUCUUACGAGGCCCUGAGCGGCGGCUCGAGCAUCGAGGGCUUCGAGGAUUUUACCGGCGGCAUCGCAGAGAGUUACGACCUGAAGGAAGCCCCGCCCUUCCUGUUCCACAUCGUCAGGAAAGCCCUGAAGCUUGGAUCGCUGCUCGGCUGCUCCAUCGAUAUUUCCAGCUUGUAUGAGACGGAGCUCAUCACGAGUCAGAAGCUGGUCAAAGGCCACGCCUACUCCAUCACAGCGGCCGAGCAGGUGCAUCAUUGUGGUUCUCUGGUGGAGCUUAUCCGGAUCAGGAACCCCUGGGGUCAGGUGGAGUGGACGGGUGCCUGGAGCGACAGCUCGAAGGAGUGGGAUGGCGUUUGGGCAGAGGAGAAGAGGCGGCUGGAUCGCUGCACCGAGGACGGCGAGUUCUGGUAGAUAUCCUAUCACGACUUCCUGAGUCACUUCUCCCGCCUCGACAUCUGUAACCUGACACCUGACACGCUGACCAGCAACGAGGUCAGCCGCUGGAACUUUGCCGAGUUUGAGGGCACGUGGAGGGUGGGAUCCACCGCCGGUGGCUGCAGGAACUACCCCGCCACCUUCUGCUCCAACCCACAGUUCUUCAUCCGGCUGGAUGACGUGGACGACGAUCCUCACGAUGGCGAGGAAGGCUGCACCGUCCUUAUCGGUCUGAUGCAGAAAGACGCUCGAAGGGAGAGGCGCUUCGGACGCGACCUCAACACCAUCGGCUUCGCCAUCUACAAGGUGCCCGAUCAGUACAAAGGUCGCACUAACGUCCGCCUGAGCCCGGACGUCCUCCUGAGAGACCAGUCAGUGGCUGGCAGUCAUGCCUUCAUCAACCUGAGGGAGGUGUGCGAUCGCUUCAAAUUGCCACCCGGAGAGUACACCAUCGUCCCGUCCACCUUUGAACCGCACUGCAAAGGAAGCUUCAUCCUGAGGGUGUUCACAGAGAAGGAGGCCCACACCAGCCCCAUGGAGGAGGACGCCAACGCUGAACUCCAGGAGCCCAACGUCAGACACGAGGACGUGGACCCUCACCUCAAACACCUCUUCAUGCAGAUCUGUGGAAACGACUCGGAGAUCUCCGCCUUUGAGCUCCAGCAGAUUUUGAACAAAGCGGUGACUCAGAGGUCGAACAUUAAAACCGAUGGCUUCAGCCUGCAAACCUGCCGUGACAUCAUCAGCCUGCUGGAUACUGACGGCAGCUCCAGACUGGGCCUGCUGGAGUUCCACAGCCUGUGGAUGAAGAUGCAGACGUACCUGGAGAUCUUUAAGAGUCACGACGCGGACGGGUCUGGCACGAUGAGCAGCCACGAGAUGAGAGCGGCUCUGGCUGAAGCCGGGUUCCAGCUGAACAGCACAGUGAUCCAAGAGAUCGUCGCUCGCUACGCCGACAGAAGCUACGCCAUCGACUUCGACCGUUUCAUCGGCUGCUUGAUCCGUCUGGAGAUACUCUUCAGGAUGUUCAGGACUCUGGAUAAGCAGCAGCGGGGCUGGAUCCAGCUCGACCUGCAGCAGUGGCUGUGCCUCGCCAUCAACUGACAGCUGCCGCUCCAGGAGCAUGCUGGGAGUCUGCGGGGAGCUCCUCAGACCUUAGUCUCUAAAUUGUUCUUGUUCUGGGUGGGGGUGUAGGUGGUGUGGGGGUGAGGUGAUGAAAACGGUCUUUCUUAGACACGACUAACCGAUCAUGGAAAAAUGAUUUAGGCAGCACUGUCUUUGGUAAGCUGAAGGCAUCGUAUCCAAAGCAGUGCUAGCAUCAUGCAGUAGCUGAACAGUUUAACGCGCACGUGUGUGUUCAAGGAUAAUGUUGGCAGAAAGUCUAAAUAGGCUCCAGCGAGCAUCGCGUACACGUUCACUGUAAAUGUUUGAAUCAAAAUGUUUGUUUCCUUGCAAGUAAGAUAAACACGUUGGAUUGGCUGCUGUGUCUCAGUUAUAACAGAUACCAUGGUUACCAUCCAAAGGACAGGAAGCCAAUGCUGCGGUCGCUGACUCUGAAACAGUCCAAAUAAAAUCUGAAGAAAC